AUGGAUGAUCGUGCCAUAGAUGCAAUUUUCUUGGGAUGUCUAGAAAAUCUUCCUCCAGUGAGUUCCAAAAUAGUUCGGAUUUUCACAAGUUCCACUUUUACAGAUAUGUCAAUGGAGAGAAAUGCGCUCAUGGAAGAAGUUUAUCCUCGAAUCAAGGAUUUCUGUCGGGAAAAACAUGGCCUUGAAUUUCAGGUUGUUGACAUGCGUUGGGGUGUAAGAGACGAAGCUACGGACGAUCAUAUGACGACGGAUCUGUGUAUGAGAGAAAUUGAGAAUUGCCAAAGAUUGUCCAUGGGCCCCAAUUUUGUGACAUUCCUGGGGCAAAAGUAUGGAUACCGGCCCAUACCGACCAUCAUUGACGGAAAGGAAUUUCGAUUAAUCAGAGACGUACUAAGUCUUAUGUCAUUAGAUACAUCCCUUUUGGAUCGGUGGUACCGAGAGGAUACCAAUGCAGUGCCAUCGGUCUUUGUUCUACAACCAAUCAGCUCUAUUCUCGUUCAUUUCAAUAACAAGCGCGCCCCAAAGCUCCAAGCUGCCGACCAAGCCACUUGGUGGGACACACUAGAAAAGCUUCAGAAACUCCUACGGAAAGCUGCACACUCUCUUUAUGUGUCUGAGAAAAUAGAUCAUGAGGCAAUGCACAAUUACAUGAUGUCUGUGACAGAACGUGAAGUCAUAAAUGGAAUUCUCAAAGUUUCCAAUACAAGGAACCACUGCCUGGCAUACAUUCGGCAAAUUAACGCUGUGGAUAUGACGAAUCUUAAAGAAGUCAGCAAAUUCAUCGACACCUUGGGAAGGACAGUCGACAUAGAAGCUCAAAGGUUGUUAACUGAUCUUCGAGAUGUCAGGCUUCCGGCAAAAAUAGAAGCUUCUAAUAUGGUGAAGUAUACUAUUAACUGGACUGGUAAAGAAGGUCUAGCAGUAAAAUAUCAUGAAGAUUAUCUUCGCGAAUUCACAGCUCAUUUCUAUAAGCACAUAACUCGUUUGGUAGAUCGUGCUAUGAGGAAGGAAGAUCUCAGUAGCCAAGGACACAUUGUAACAGAGAUACUACAGCAUCUUCAAGCUGGGAAAAGUUCAGUUUCUACAUUCCAAGGAAGAGAAUAUGAGCUGAAUCGAAUUAAAAGUUAUAUCCAGUCAGACUGUGUGCAGCCUUUUGUCCUUCAUGGCAAAGGUGGUUCCGGAAAGACGUCUCUUUUAGCUAAAGCAGCGAGUAUGGUAACCACAUGGUGUCCCAAGGGAACGAAACCUAUACUCAUUCUUCGUUUUCUUGGUACUACACCAGAUAGCUCUAGUGUCAUACCAAUGCUUACAAGCGUUUGUCAACAAAUAAUGUAUAAUUAUAUGAUGCCUUGGGAAGGCAUACCUGAUGAUCUUAUACCUCUUAUUGCUUUUACAAAACGUCUGCUGACGAAGAUUACAUAUGAACAAGCUUUAUACAUAUUUCUGGAUUCAGUGGAUCAGCUAACUGGUCCAAGUGAUUCGAAUAAGCUAACGUGGUUACCCACAAGGAUUCCCGACAAUGUUAAAAUCGUAAUUUCAACAGCUUCUGAAGGAGAGGCAAAGGAAUAUCAUUUAUUGAAGAAAAUGUUAGGGAAUGAAAAUCAGUUUGUAGAAGUCCAUCCGCUGGGAGAAGAGUUGGCAGAACAUACAAUGAAAUGUUGGUUACAAAUGAAUGGUAGAGACCUCAAUAAAUAUCAGUGGAACGUUGUGAAAAAAGCAAUCAGUAAAUGUACAUUACCAAUAUUUAUUAAACUAAUAUUUGCAGACGUUAUGAGAUGGCGAUCUUAUUCAAAAGCUUCAGAAACUAUUUUAGCUUAUACUGUAAUGGACAGCAUUAUGAAACUCUUCGAUCGCAUUGAAAAACAGCAUGGGCGGUUGCUGGUAGCUCAUGCUCUAUCUUACAUCACAGCUUCCAAGAGUGGCUUAAGUGAAACAGAACUUGAAGAUUUAAUAUCUUUGGAUGAUAUAGUUCUAGAUGAUGUGUAUCAGUAUCAUAUGCCACCGGUUCGAAGAAUACCACCUCUUCUUUGGACGAGAAUUCGUAGAGACUUACCAAAUUACCUUUCAGAGAGAGAAGCAGAUGGAGUUAGUGUCUUGAACUGGUACCAUAGGCAGUUCCGAGAUGCUGCUAUAGAACGCUACUUUGUGAAACCAGAACUUGUACAGUAUUUCCAUUCUUCCAUCGCUGAGUAUUUUCUCGGAACAUGGGGAGGAGGGAAGCCCAAACCAUUCAAAUACACAGAAAUACAACGUUACCGUUUCGGCCUCAAGGAACAAGCAGGUACAGCUGAUAGGAAAGUCCCUUUACAACCCCUAGUCUUCUACACAAACGACGGUCGUGUAUCGGGUUAUAAUAAACGAAAAUUUGGAGAGUUACCAUUUCAUUUAGUUCGUUCACUACGCUAUGAAGAUCUUUUUGAAAAUGUUCUUUUCAAUUACAUGUGGCUUCAUAGUAAAAUUAGUUGUUGUCCCUUACAAACAAUAUUGGCCGAUUUUGAAGAUAUGGUGGAGCAUCUAAACGAUAGCGAACUUAUCAAGCAACUGAAUAUAGUAGCUGACGGCAUGAGAUUAGGUGGUGUGGUCUUAGCCCAACAUCCAGAUAUGUUGGCCUCCCAGAUUAUUGGAAGGCUUUUGCCAGUUAAAGAUAUAUACUCAAGAGUCAAAGGGCUAAUAGUACAGUGUGAUAAUUUAGGCACACAGCACUGUGCUUUAGUACCAGCUUUUCAUAUUUUACAUACUCCUGGAGGACCUCUUAAAUACUCCCUCGAAGGUCAUCCUUUCGCUAUUUUUGGAUUUUGUCUUACCUCCGAUCAACGUUUUGUGCUUACGGUUUCAAACAAGUUCCUCAUGUUCGAUCUUAUGACAGGAGAAAUUACUUGUGAUGUCGAUCCUGAGAUACCUGGUAUCAUGCAAGCUUUAGCACUAAGCGCUGAUGACAAAUAUGCCAUAACUUAUACAAAUCAUAACGAGAUUAUCAUUCUCAAUGCUUUAUCUGGUGAUGUAGAAAUAGUGACAAAUAUGUUUGAAAGCAGACCUAUUACUGGAAUUGAUAUUUAUAACAAUAUAGGCAUAGCAUGGACACCAAAAGAAUGGGUCACUUUCCACGAAUCAAAUGGGGAAAAAUUAUCAGUUAAUUCUAUUGAAGAAACAGAAUACUUUAUAUCACAUGUGCAUUUUUUGGAUGAAGCUAACUACUCCAUUGCGCUUUCGAGUCACAGGAAAGGCAAAGAGAACUUAAGAGCCAAUCAUCUAUUAAGAACAACAAUAAACGGAAAUAGUAUUAAUGAACUUACCAUUGAUAGCGCUUUAUAUAUAGUUCAAGAAAGUAAUGAUAUUUAUGCAACGCAGGAUUUCGAGGACAUUUACCACGUUUGCCAUUUUAAAGCAUCCACAGAUGGGUGGAAUAAAGUGAAGGAUAUAGGAGAAAUUGAAAUCCGAGUCAUGGCACUAGAACUUUCUCCCGAUGAACAUUUUCUAGUGGGAACUACACCGGUAGGAUUUUGUUUGUGGAAUCUCGCAACUAACAAAAAUGUAUCAUUACAGCUUCCUAGUAACGUCAAGAAUAUAUCGACAAAACCGUUUCAUUCCCAGAGCUCAUUAGCUCUAACAAAGCAUAACCAAUAUGCCGUUGGCGGCAUCAGGAAAUCUUUGUACAUAUGGAAUCUGAAAGAUGGACAGCUUUUGAAGGAAGUAGAUGCUCACAUUGCAAGGAUCAUGAAAAUAAAAUCUUUGAUUAUCGAUGAUUUCAACGGGAUUGUGUCGUCUUCGAUUGACAAAACUAUAAAGGUCUGGAACAUCAAGAACAUUUUCGAGAAAGUCUACACCAUUGAUCGCAUGGAUAUGGCCAUUGAUGCCGUCACUCUUUCUGCCGAUGAUGAAUUGGCAGUAACUAUUACCAGAAGCAGCGUUGGUGUCUGGAGUGUACCGACUGGUAAACUAUGGAGUAAACUGGUGGAUUCACCUGUGGGGGCCAUUGUAACGCAUGCUGUGAUCACAGCCGAUGGACGUCAUGUGAUAAGUUCGGAAUCAGGGAAUCUUCUUAUUUGGAGCUUGAGAAAGGGAUGUGUCAUAUUUCGUGAAAAGCAUGCAAACAUCAAACAGUUACUUCUUGGAAUAGAAGAUAAGAUUAUCAUUGUCAUCACAUCUGAAAGUGAUAAGGAAUCGAAGUGUUCCAUGCGACAGGUGCCUUCUGGUGAAUUAUCAUACUCUUUCAACUUUCCGUGUGAAGUUCCGUCACCUGCAGUCAUUACCAAAAACAAUGUGAACCUUGGAUUACUAAGCAUGGAUGGAAUUCAAAAAGUGGUUCUGGUGCAUAAUAUUAAGAAGGGAAAUUUCAUGUUCAAAAUACCUCUGGUCAGCAUACAACUUUUGGGAUUUAGCGGGAUCUUCCAGUUUCCUGGUCGAGCAUCGACCAUCGUCAUCGUCAGCAAUGAUGCAUCAUGGAUUGUUGAUAUUGAAACUAAGAGACUUGUUCGUGGAAUCAAAAGGUGGAAUGGAGCCUGCACCAGGGACGGAAGGUACGGUUUAGUCGCCCCUAACCAGGGUGGCUUAGAAAUGAUCGAACUACGGAACGGAAAAACAGUAAAGGUACUUAUACCACCUGUUAGUGAAGGUGUAUUUGCCGUUACUGCGAAAUUCAACAGAACUGACAACUAUGUUUUAUACUACCACAGUGGAAGGCAAACAAUACGAUUGUUUCGUGUUAGUAAUGGAAAGAUGAUUGCAAAUUACAAAUUAGCCGCUGAAGCCAGUGAUUUCACUACUACCCAUGAUGGUCUGUCAGUUGUUGUUGGGGGUGUCGAUGGCAGUUUCGUUGUUCUUGCCAUAGCUGAUCCUGAAAAUGAAGAAUCCAAACAAAAACUUCGUAAUCUACCUAGUAGAAAUGAUGGUAACAUAAGGUCUCUGAGAUCUGCUGUGAGUUUCAAGACAGUUGCUAAUUUAACAGUUACUGCUGCGUAUACUAAACGGCAAUCAACUUGCGAAGAAAGCGAAACUUCGAAAGUUUGUUGCGUAUCGUAGGAUAAAAAUAAUUAUUUUAAUAAAUGAUCCAUACCUAA